UCCUGCUUUUGGAUAGGAGAGGAUGUUCAAGGGCAUCUGCGGCCGAUUGGAUCUGUACCUCAUGUUGUUCGGCAUAAUGUCUUGCCGUAAGCGCUACGUCCAGAGUUGUGCAAGGUAUAUGAGGGGUUGUCUUGCAUCAGGCAACACCACUGUCAUCGUCUUUUUCGAAGCCAGCCUUGCCCUUGACAUCAACGUGGGCGUUUUUCCGGCGUGCAUUCACUCGCGAAUUAUGUGAUGAGCUUUAUGCAAGCACCGUCACAACAACGGGGCCUAGAAGCCAUACUUCAGGCCUCCACCAUCACCUCAAACCUAACGCCAUAUGAGAACUUGAACUACCCAACAGUCUCUCAGCUUCCCGGCGUAGUUGCUGAUAGUCACGACGGAAGUUUGAUAUCACAAUGGUAUAUCAGUAACCCCCAGCAAAGAUGGUCCGAUCCCGCGAAGAAUGCAUACGAUGACGCGAUCGCAAUCCUGAGAAGAGAGCUUACAGAUGAAGAGUAUCAACAUUUACGGCUCCAAAGCCAGCACUCAAUGAGUGAUGUGCAGUCUGCGGUCGAGUCUGCCCGGCAAGAGUACCAGGCGAAGUCCAAAGGAUCCAAGAUUCAGUCUGCUUUGACAACCUGCUCAUCCAGAAUAAUGUUCUAUGGAGCAAUAUUUGAUACCUUCUCACAACAUCACCCCGAAUAUGUGUCUUUGGGCUGGGGCGCGUUGAAGUUCCUGUUCGUUGCUGUUCUCAAUCAUGAGGAGCUCCUUGUUGAGAUAUCGAAGGCAGUGUCUCGAAUCGCACUCGUGCUGCCCAGAACCGAGCUACACUCUGUGCUUUACCCCACGCCACGCAUGCAGGACGCUGUAUCACAGCUAUACGCAAAGAUCAUUGAGUUCGCCCUGAUGGCAAUCAAGUGGUACAAGAAAGGCAAAUUAUCUCACUCAUUCACGGCUAUUAUCAAGCCAUUCAGUUUGGGGUUUAAACCCAUUGUCGAGGAGAUUGCAGAGCGGUCCAAGCACGUCGAUGAGCUGGCUAGCGCAGCAGUCAAAGCCGAGAUCAGGGAUCUACAUGUCAACAUUCAUAGGCAAAAUAAGACGAUACUGCAAUUGACAGAGAUGGUUUCUUUCAUGCAGCAACAACAGUCUCUCCAGACCCAAUCUCUACUGGCGUUGAAAGAAGAGCAUAAACAGAUGUUCAGGGCCAGCCAACUUGAGGACAUAAGGACAGUCGCACUGCUAGAGGACACGGCAGUAGCGGAUGACAGCCUGGCAUGGUGCCGAUCGAUGCGCAAUCGACGUAGACAGAAAGCGCCCACACAACUACCCCUAUCUGAGCUACACAAACUCAAAGCCUGGACCUCUGAUCCCUCAUCAUCCCUCUUACUCGCGGAAGGACAGGGAGUAAAGACCAGCUCGCUCGACUUUGCAGCUGAUUUUCUUGAUAUAGUGCUUGAGCAUGAGUGCCCCGUCAUCUGGGCUUUGUCUUCAAUCGUCAUUGAGCACGACAAUGAUAGCCUGGUAUCGUCGGUCUCAGGCGUUAUUCGAUCCCUCAUCUCACAGGCUCUGUCACUGAACGAUGCUGUAGUAAGCGAAGGCAUCAAUCCUCUCACACCUAAACACUUCAAGUCCGCCAUCAGCAUUGCCCAGUGGCUUGAUAUACUUGAUCGAUGCCUCUCGACUUUUAAGCGGCUAUUCAUUAUUUUGGACAUGAACGCUAUUGAGACUGCUUUUGAGCAAGCGGAAUGUGAGGAACCAAAUUUUAAACUCGGUGACUUUGUGGAAUGGAUCACGCGUAAGUCAGAACUAAAAGGAGGAAUCAUUAAAGUCAUCGUCGUAUCAUGGAGGUUUGGUGUGAAUACGCCCAUAGAUGCCGAAACACUUUCUGAGGACAGGCAUAUUUUCACUGAUAGAGGGCGCAAGAUUGAGCGGCUGAUGAAACAAGCCAGGUUCAGAGCUGCGUUCAGGAGAAGACACAAGAACUUCAGUGACAAGUUGAGAUCUUUGAUUACUUUAGAUGACGCCAAAUACAGCCUGUGAUCUGCCAUAACUUCGAAUCGGAAAUCAGCUCAAUUAGAUUUAGAUAUCCAAAGCGGAAGUAAAUAAAGUAUUCAGCCAGGC